AUAGGCCUACUCUUCUGCAUUUGCCUAGCGAUGAUUCAAUCCUCCCCCACCACCCUAACCUAGCCUCAUAGACAUCUCCUUAACUGAAGAUCUCUGCAGAAUCCUCCUAAUAUCACUCCUAAUAUCAAUAUCAGACAUGCUCUGGCUUUUGGUUGGACUUUGUGGACUGGCUUUGGUCAAUCUAUCAGCCCCCCUCCCCCAGGCCCCUCGUAUUUCCCAGAAGCCUCGGUUCUACGGCGUGAAGGCCAGCCGCAGCUUGGUCAUCUACUGUGUGUGUCAGCUGGAGCCACCUCUGCAGGUGGACUGGUUCCGGGCCACGGAAUGGAACCAGAAGGCCGAGGGCCCGUUGAAGCCAAAAGACAAUCUGGUCAUACAGGGGAAGACGGAGCAGAAACACGCCUUUCUUUUCCUCAAGGACGUGAUCCCCUCGGACAGCGGCGUCUACUACUGCCAGGUCAACGGCACCUGGGGAGCCGGGACCGGCCUGCAGGUCAUGAGACAUAUCAACGUCCACAAGGUGCAGCAGAGGAGCAAAGUAAAAGAUGCGCUCAUCAUCACGCAGACUCUGAUGUUGGCGAUCUGCGUGGUUGCGCCACUGCUUCGGAGAUACACUCUGGGUAAAAAAGAAGAAGCCAUUUAUGAGGAACCACCAAAAGAACACAUCUACGAGGGCCUGAUGGUGGAGAUGUGUGAGGGAGCACUCUAUGAGGACCUCUCAGCCUACGCUAAACCCAGUGAGGCCCAGGCCCUCUGGUGUCUCAAGCUACCGCCCUCCUGCGUGGCCCCCCUCCCCCAGGCCGCUAUUACCCAGAAGCCUCGGUUCUACGGCGUGAUGGAGAGACGCAGAGCGAUCAUCUACUGCGAGUAUCCGCUGGAUCCGCUGGAUCCGCCCCUGCUGGUGGACUGGUUCUGGGCCAAGGAUUCAGACUCGGUGGCCCGGGCGCCGAUGAGGCCAACCGGCAAAGUGGCCAUAAAGGGGAAGACGGAGCGGAAACACGCCUUUCUUUUCCUCAAGGACGUGAGCCCCUCGAACAGCGGCGUCUACUACUGCCAGGUCAACGGCACCUGGGGAGCCGGGACCGGCCUGCAGGUCAUGCCUGCUCUCAACGUCUCCAAGGCGGAGAAGAGGAGCAAGAUGAAAGAUGCGUUCAUCAUCCUGCAGACCUUGAUGUUGGCGAUCUGCGCCGCUGCGCCGCUGGUGCAGAGAUACAUUCUAGUUAAAAAAGAAGAUGUCAUUUAUGAGGAUCCACAACAAGACCAUACUUAUGAGGGCCUGGUGGUGGAGACGUGUGAGGGGGCGCUCUACGAGGACAUCUCGGCCUACGCCCAGACAGGGGGGCCCGAGGCCCCUGGGAAGACUGAUGUUGCCCUGACAACUAGCCCCCCCCCCCCCCUCGAUUGCUGUCAUUACAACCACCCGCAGGCGUCGUCAGGGCGACCGUCCUAGGGCGCCGGGACUAGCCUUCAACCGUGGCCGUUGCAACCCUUCCCCCGUCGCCGUGACAACAAUACGCAAUCAUCAUGACCGUCAUCUCCACGGCGACGCAUAGCUUCUCAGAUAACAUCCAGUCCUGUAACGGCGAUAUCUUCUUGCCGGUUGGUUGAGUAUAUUUGGAUGCAAAAUAACAAAUAAACCUUUGAACACAUGAAUGAGUAGAGAGUUGAAUUCCUAGUUUCCUAGAGUUGAGCGUCCCGUGCUUCGACAGAGCCGUCUGUUUGACCCUGGAGACCGGGCAGGUUUUAGUGCUACCUGCAGUCGUCUUCCCCAUAGUCCAGGGGCCUCAUGUACUAAGGUUGUGUACGCACAAAAACGUGGCGUACGUCCUUUUCCACGCUCACGUUCAGAUGUACAAAACGUGAAAUGACCGUAAAAAUGUGCGGUCCCCACGCCAGCUCCAGAGCUGUCGUACGCACGUUUCUACAGCUAUUGUUCCUUUGGCGACACUUAGAGGUGACGCUGGGAAACUGGGAAAAAAGGUGAAAACAAUGACUCAGAGUGAUUUGCACAUCAGAGACACACUACUAAUGAACAAUUAACACACCUUGCAAUUAUAUGGGUGGCUAUAAAAGCAUGCGCAAUGGAUGAAGAAAAUAGUUUUAAAAAUGGCUGCGUUAGCGUUGUUAGAGGACAUCGCAAAUGGUCAAAUCCGAAGGGCGCUGGAGACGCCGGGGCCGACGGAGCAAUCCGUGCCCUCUCCUUGCUUGUCUAUUCAAAAAUAAAAAAUGUAAGUUAAUAAACACGAGUCAAAGUCUUUAAUA